CGGCGGCGGCUUCUCCUGGCUGCAGGCAGGGAAGACCAUGCCAGGUGGCUGCUACCAUGACUGACCCCGAAAGAAGCCUGUUUGGUUCUGCCGAAGACGAGAUCAGCUACUGGAAGGAGCUCUCUGGCAGAUACAAGCAGUGUGUGCAGAGCGCCCAGGAGGAGCUGCGUGAGUUCCAAGAGGGCAGCCGCGAGUACGAAGCCGAGCUGGAGACGCAGCUGCAGCAGCUGGAGACGCGAAACCGGGACCUGCUCUUGGAGAACGCCCGGCUGCAGGUGGAGGUGGAGACGGUCAAGGAGAAGGUUGCCAGCCAACAUGCCGAUGGGCAGCGGCAGAUCUCGGCCCUGGAGGAAGAGCUGGGCCAGGUGACGGCCACCCGGGACCAGCUGCAGAAGUACAUCCGGGAACUGGAGCAGUGCAACGAUGACCUGGAGAGGGCCAAGAGAGCCACCAUUAUGUCCCUGGAGGACUUUGAGCUGCGGCUGAACGAGGCCAUCGAGCGCAACGCCUUCCUGGAGAGCGAGCUGGACGAGAAGGAGAGCCUCCUGGAGUCAGUGCAGCGGCUGAAGGACGAAGCGAGAGAUUUGCGCCAAGAGCUGGCUGUGCAGCAGAAGCAGGAGAAGCCGAAGGCCUCGGUGGACGGAUCCCUGGCAGCCAGACGGACGGACACAGCCACGCAGGCCGCCUCUUCCAGGCCAUCCACCCCUGCGCUCCCCCAAGGGCUGAGCUUCGGAUUUAGUACCCCAGGAGCCUUCAGAAGAGGUUUUGAGAAUGGAUCUGGGGGAGCCCCGCUUACGCCGGCCGCACGGAUAUCAGCACUGAACAUCGUGGGGGACCUCCUGCAGAAAGUUGGGGCCCUGGAAUCUAAACUGGCCUCCUGCCGAAACUUCGUCUACGACCAGAGUCUGUGCCGGAGCCCAGCGGCCCCUCCCCCCUACUUGGGCAGGGACGGGUUCGAGAGGCGGCUGAGCGGCCCCCACCUGCCCCAGGGGCUGGCCAGGAGUGUGGAUCUAGGUCCAUGGCCACCCAACCUUGCCGGGCCGGCGGGCCUUCCAGCCCAGGGGGCAGCCCAGGGGCUCUUCUGAGGGACCGUGGGGCCAGCAGCCGGAAGAGAGGAGAGCAACGAGAGGGAAGCUGGCUGCGUCCGCAGGAAGAGGGAGCCGUCUUGGGUCCCAGGAGGCUGAAGGGCCGCAUCAAGUACCUCGCAGGAGGGCCGGAGGCCGGUUUUCCUUGCCUCGGACCCCUGCCCUGCCUGCCUCCCGUUGGGCCCCAAAGGUCCUUGUCCUUGAAUGGGGGCAGCGGGUGCUAACCCAGCAUUUCUGGGCACCCCAAGUGCAUCUUUGGGGCCUCCGAAGCUGCGGCUGCCGAGAAGGAGCCCCUCCUGACGGGACCCUCCCUGGCAAAAGGGGUCGGGGUCUCAGGAAGCUCAGCGACACCAGCUUUGUCUGCUGCUGGAGAGGAGGGGGCCUGGCAGGUGCACCUGCCGAAUGAAUUUUAAAAAGCACAAGCUGGUACACUCCAGAGGUUUGAGACAAAAGCUCCCCUCAUCCUUGGCCAACAAGGCCUUGAGGCGAUGGGUGUUGUAGUCCAACCCAUUCGAAGUCUGCCAUCCAAAGGGUCUCCCUGGUGCCUCCAUCCCUGUCUGAAGGGGGGGGGAGGCUCCUCUUCCAACAGGGAGGUUUCUU